AUGAGUUCAGAAAAAUCAACAUCAAUUGAAAAAUUAACCAAAUAUUAUAGUUUACAAGUUGUUUCACAAGAAAGAUUAUAUAAUUUUUUACCAAAGAUUAAUAUUUUAGGAUCAGAUAAAGUUUGUUGUGAUUUCAUUCAUUCAUUAAUUGAUCAAAUAUGUGGUAAAAUCAUUUCAUUCGAUAGAUUUAUAAAUGAUGAAAAUCAAAGAAUAAUAUAUCAACUUAUUAGAGUUUACACUUUAUUUAUAAAUAAAGUUGUUGGUAAAGAUUUAAAAAAAGAAUUUAUUUGUGAAGAUUUAAAAACAUCAAAUGUAGAUAAUAUAUAUAUUACAGCUAUUUCAGAUUGUAUUAUUUCAAGAUUCCAAGAUAUUAAAAAAGAAUUAACAGAAAAAUUAUCAACCAUUAGUUCAUCAUCAUUAAGUGAUUUCGAUUGGAAAAUGAAUGCAAUCCUAUCAAGUGAUAGAAUUAAUAUUGUACAAGAAAAUGUUUUAUUAUUAAAUCUUACAAUCGAAACAAAUAUAAAUGAUAAAAAAGAACAAGUUUUAAUUGAAUUAUCAAAAAAAGAAUUGGAUCAUAUUUUAGAAACUUUUGAUCAAAUUAAUGAAGUAAGUUUUUAA